AUGGCGGUGAAUCAGAGCCACACCGAGAACCGCCGUGGGGCCAUCAUUCCUGUUGGUGAAAGUGUCUUGAAGCAGAGUCCAGAUGUGGAACUCUCCUUCCCACAGCAUCCACAGAACUCCAACCUCUUUAGUGGUGUAAAGAGGGGAACGUUGUUUCUUAGUUCAUACCGGGUGAUUUUCGUGACUUCACGCUCAGUCAGUGAUCCCAUGCUGUCCUUUAUGAUGCCGUUUGAUCUGAUGAAGAACUGCACUGUUGAACAACCACUCUUUAAUGCCAACUACAUUCAAGGGACUGUUCAUGCAGCUCCAGAUGGUGGCUGGGAAGGACAGGCUACUUUUAAAUUAGUCUUCAAAAAAGGAGGUGCCAUCGAAUUUGCUGAGUUGCUGAUACAAGCUGCYGCUGCUGCUGCCCGGGGAACUCCACUUCGAAUUAUGAAUUACUGGAUCUCCACUCCAGGAAUUUAUGUUGUUACUGGAGAGGGAAACAUGUGCACUCAACAGACACCUUGUCAAGUUUUGGUCUAUGGAGGCCCCCAGUCAGGGUAUAGAGCCCCUCCUGCAGGAUAUGGAGCCUCCCCUGCAGGAUAUGGAGCCCCUCCUAUGGCAUAUGGAGCCAUUCCUGUAGGAUAUGGAGCUUCUUCUAUGGGUUAUGGAGCUCCCCCUCCAGGAUAUGGAGCUCCCCCUCCAGGAUAUGGAGCCCCCCCUCCAGGAUAUGGAGUCCCACCUCCUGGAUAUGGAGUCCCACCUCCUGGAUAUGAAGACCCGUCUGCGAGAAGCUCAAGACCUGUAGCCCCCCCUUCUAGAUCCCCAGCUCCACCUGCUGGAUCUGGAGUCCAGAAUCCUAAAACUGUAACAGCACAGACUCCUGGACAUGAAGCUUCUUCUCCCUCUACCUCAGCUUCUCCGGCCUAUUCUCCCACUUCUAAAAUGUAA